AUGGCAGCCUUCGCUGCAGCUUAUCAACACGAGGGCAACGAUGCAUGGCUCAAUCAAGUUGUAAGCGACAUUAUCGACUCCGCUUCGAUAGUGCGUGCCUCCUCUCGAAGCAGGAGUAGGUCACUGCGAAGCGUCAGUAGAUCAACAACGAAUCGUUGGCGGGAGCCCAGCCGUGACACAAAUAGCAACGGAGCCCAACAUGUUGCUCGCGAUACGGCCGGUGAUGACGGUGGCAGAAUAUACCCAGAAGACACUGACGCAGCAACCUUCGUCACCGCUCGAAGCGAGGUGUCUCGCGGACGACGGCCGAACCAUUCGCUCGACCGCACGAUAUCUCCAGCAUCAUGUCUCACCAGUACAUCAUCGCGGGGGAGCGGGAGAAACACACCCCAGUCGACGCUCACAGAGGCUUCGCCACCAGCUUACUCCCAACAAUCCGGCCAUGUACCUAUGGGCAGCUUGUCGAUCGUCAAGCCUGAGUCUCACGCUGAGUCGGCAGCAAAGUUGGCUCAGAGUGUUUCCACGCAGGGUGCGGCAAACUUUCCAGAGACACCAUAUAUCCCUUCAAGUUAUGCGCCCAGGAAGCCCAAGGUCACAGCCUCAGGCAUCAUGGCAGAGAACGUAGACGCAUCCUCCGAUGCUCGAGCUGUCCGCUCCGACGACAACGAAACACGGUUCGAACCACCAGAACGACGACUAUCGACCGUCUCAGAGUCCUCAGAGUUCAAGUUCGAAUCGCAUCCUGCGGUGCGGCCACUCGAGAAUCGGAACGCACUGGGCGAGGCAGCCGGGCCAGCAGACGAGGAUGAUCCAACUGAGUAUCCUGGCCCCUUGCCGUUGGCCUUGAUCGUGCUGGGUAUCUGCCUUUCUGUUUUCAUCAUCUCGUUGGACAGAAACAUCAUCACCACGGCAAUCCCCAACAUCACGGCCCGUUUCCAUUCCUACGACGACAUAGGAUGGUACGGCAGUGCAUAUUUGUUGACUGCGUCUGCUUUUCAGCCCCUGUACGGUCGAAUCUACAUGUCCUUCAACACCAAGUCAUCGUUCUUGGUUGCUCUGGCUAUGUUUGAACUCGGCAGUCUCAUCGCGGCAAUAUCCCCGUCAUCGAACUGUCUGAUUAUCGGACGCUCCAUCCAAGGUGUCGGCAGUGCAGGUCUCUUGACAGGCGCUUUUGUCGUUGCCACUCACUCCGUCAGACUCCAGCAUCGGCCGGUUCUGUUUGCUGCUGUAGGCAUCCUGUACGGCGUCGGUGCCCUUUGCGGUCCACUGCUUGGAGGUGCAUUUACCGACACUAUCGGCUGGCGAUGGUGUUUUUACGUCAACCUGCCCAUCGGCACAGUGACCUUUGUCGCCGUCUUCUUUUGCUUCAAGCACCGCAGUCACAACUCGUCCGCUGCCGCGGUUCCCCUCAAACAGCGGAUCCUCCAGCUUGACAUCAUUGGCAACAUCAUCCUCCUCGGCGCAACGACCAUGCUCUUCCUCGCCCUGCAAUUCUCUGAAACACGCUACACCUGGUCCAGCGCCCGUUGCGUGGGUCUACUGUGCGGCUUCGGCGUCACCACGCUGCUCUUCGUCGGCUGGAUGCUGUACCGAGGUGAUGCAGCUCUGAUCCCGCCUCGAAUCGUGCGCCAGCGUACCGUGGCAGCUAGUUGCGGCGCUGCGUUCAUGAUCUACGGCGCCCUGCUGAUACACAGCUACUAUCUGCCAAUUUGGUUCCAAGCCAUCAAAGGCACCUCCGCAAUCCACUCGGGCGUCAACAUGAUCCCAUAUAUGGUCGCCAAUGCAUUCUUCUCGCUUCUUGCGGGCAUAUUCGUCUCGAAGAACGGCCUGUUCGCGCCGCCGGCCAUCCUGGGCUGUGCGAUCGGCACCAUCGGAUCAGGACUCCUAGCCACGCUGAAUGAGCAUACGUCGUCGUCCAAGUGGAUUGCGUACGAGUUCCUCAUCUCCGCGGGCUUGGGUAUGGCGAUCCAGCAGGGAUUCAGCGCUGUGCAGGCGAUACUGCCGCUGGAGGAGGUGCCCAUUGGCACGGCCGCGGUGGUGGCGAGCCAGUCCCUCGGCGGCGCAAUAUUCGUGUCCGUGGGCAAUACGUUGCUGCAGAAUCAUCUCCUUGAUGCGAACAGCGACAGGAUCAUUCCUGGUGUGAAUGUCAGGACGGUGAUUGAGUUGGGUGCGACGCGGUUCAGGGAUGUCGUCCCCGCAGCAGAUCUGCCGGUAUUGAUCAAAUUGUACAACGACUCGCUGCAGGCCGUCUUCAUUGCAGCGGUACCGCUAUGUGGUGUCGCCUUCAUCUGUAGCCUGUGUAUGGAGUGGAAGAGUUUGAAGGUGACGCCUGGCGUUCAAACACGAGGGGCAAAAGUUGGCCUGGAAGCGGGGACGAGUGACAGUGACAGUGAGAAGACUAUCGCGGCUCAAGCAUAA